AUGGACGACGGCUACCAUGACGACACGGCGGACGCGUCCUCCACCACCCAGAGGAACAGCCACCUCCGCUACCCGCUCGACGACCCCGACGGCCUGUGGCUCAGCUUCUCCGACCCUCAAAAGCAAGAAUGCACGCUGGGCAAGGGAGACGCCGACAUUCACCUUCCCGACCCGAAGUCUAGCAGCAAGGGCUCGCCGCAUAUCCAGCCCAUCCAUGCCUCGUUCCAGGUCGUCGAGGAUACCGGCGCCGUCCUGCUCUGGGACCACUCUGACAAUGGCACCGUCGAGCCGCUCCCGCACAGCAAUUCCUACACCGUCAAGUUCCGCUCCAACGCCAAGUCGGUCCUCGUCGCCCAGGGCAUCAACUCGAAGAUAGCCUUUGGCAAAGACCAAUGGUACCAGUUCGAGAUACAAUGGCAGUCGGAUGGGCUGUAUGGGUUUCCCAAGGAUGAGCCCUAUAGGAUGGGGCCGAGUAACGCGCGGGUGAAGAAAUACGUCAUGGGGCGUGAAGUCGGCGCCGGCUCAUACGGCUCCGUGUCGUGGGUGCUGGAUGCAACCAGCGGCAAGAUCAUCGCCGUCAAGAAAUUUCACAAGCUCUCGGGGAAGAACCUUGAGUUUGCGACAAGGGAGAUGACCAACCUCUUCAAGAUCAACAGGGACGACUCGAUAAAGCAUGAACACAUCCUCCAAAUCCUCGACUGCGCCGGCGGCGGGAAGACCGACGACUGGGGUGAGAUCUUCAUGCCCCUCAUGCAAGGAAACCUCAAAACCUUGGUCGAAAGGUACACCCCCCCGGGCGAACACGCCGCCUUGUCCGACAUCGUUCUACGCCAGAUGCUCCUCGCGCUACAGUGCAUCGCCUCCCACAAGCUCAUCCAUCGCGACGUAAAACCCGAAAACAUCCUGUACGACUAUGACGCCACCGGAAACUACCGCUUCUGUCUCGGCGACUUCGGCUUAUCCAAUGACCCGGAGUUGGCGCGCACCGCCGCUGGUACCGAACCGUUCAUGGCCCCUGAGGUGUUUGGCCGGAAGCGCCAGACCACCAAGGUUGACAUCUGGUCCCUGUUUGCUACCGUCGUCUGGACCCGCACCCCCCAGUUCCGGCGGGAUUGCUCGCAAAUGCACGCCCAAGACCUACAUGGUUGGUUAGUGGCCAUAUCUAGGGCAGACGAGUACGCGACCAUGCAACGGAUGGCAAGCAUUGACCCCAAAAGGAGACCAUCGGCGACGGAACAGCUGGCCAUUCUGGACGGCCAGUUGGACGAUCACGCCAGUGUGCGGAGUUUUGGGAGCACGAGUGGGGACGAGAUGGGCGCCGACCUGAGUGCCCGGUUUUCCAACGUUUUGAACCUGCGGGACAAUGCGCCCGGUCUCACCUAUGGCUCCGGCAGUUCGGAGCCCGUCACGUCACCCGAGGUGCCAUACUACGAACCCUAUGUCAGCGGGCUCUUCGAGGCCCAUUUCCCCGGCCAAGCAGGACCGAGCAAGGGUUAUAUGCCACCGUCGCCGGGUCCGGAGGAGGCCCCGAGGGAUUAUGGGGUGAGUCCCGUGCCCGUUCCACUUCUCAUCCGCGACCCGGCUGCUGACUCGUACUAG